CCCUGAUGCUGAGCGGAAUCAUUGUUGGGCUUAAGUUUGCACCUGGGAAAGAAAGAAAAACCCAGAUUCUUAGUUUGCAGGCGCUCUCAAUGUCACGGCCAUCCGACAGAAUAGGAGAGGAACCUGAAGGGCAAAGGCUAAAAAGAUUGCUCCACCAAAGGAGAGCCCCCAGAAUCCUCUAGGGACUUGUUACUUAACUGUAACAGCAGUGUAAAGUUCUCAUUGGUUGACAGCAGACUUGUUCUUUAGUAUCUUUUCCCUCAGGGGUCCCCCCUUCCCCCCCCCCCACCUGAAUAGGAUUGUUGAGGUUGAGCUUGUACUCAGUGCAGCGAGGCUGCUCUUCCUAGCCACAGCGCUGUGUUUAAGCAAGUCGACUAGGGACGCCUCCAGAGUCAAGGUUACAAACAGCCUGUGGAUUCUUGGCUCAGUCCGGACUAGGGAGUGACGCUCUCUCGUGCGUACGUGUGUAUAUGUAUUUUUUUCUCUCCGCCUGGUUCUUCGUUCGUGUGGCCGCGUGCGUUCUUUCCAGGCAUUCCGGACGAGCGCUCCAGCUCAGACGUUUCUUUGCAGCGAGUUGUCGUCUCGAGCUGCCUGUCCUCUCUUGUUUCUGCGCUCUCUCCACGCCCUUCCCAGCUUCCUGUUAGCCAAAGGGAAUCGCUCUUUCUGAACGAAAAGUUCUCAGAGCGGAGCUGAACCUCCCGGAAAAUGCUCUCCUCUUCCGUGUGCGCCGGAUGGGGGUGGGCCCGAAACUAAACGCCACAGUAGAGGAGGCUGAAAGGACCCGAACUCCUUGGGCAGAGGUGGGAGAGGAAUCGGAGAGGAUGGCCGGGGCUGGCAGCCAGCACCACCCACAAGGAGGAGCGGCCCCCGGGGCCAGCGCGGUUUCCCCCACCGCUGCGGGACCCGGAGAGGAUUCGUCUGACAGUGAAGCGGAGCAGGAGGGACCCCAGAAGCUGAUCCGCAAAGUGUCCACCUCUGGACAGAUCCGGACCAAGACCAGUAUUAAAGAAGGACAGCUGCUGAAGCAAACCAGCUCUUUCCAGAGGUGGAAAAAGAGAUACUUCAAACUUCGAGGCCGAACGCUUUAUUAUGCAAAAGACUCCAAGUCCUUGAUAUUUGAUGAAGUUGACCUCUCAGAUGCCAGUGUCGCUGAAGCAAGCACAAAAAAUGCCAACAACAGCUUCACGAUAAUCACUCCAUUCAGAAGGCUGAUGCUAUGUGCUGAAAAUAGGAAAGAGAUGGAGGACUGGAUCAGCUCUCUGAAGUCAGUACAGAGCAGAGAACCCUAUGAGGUGGCCCAGUUUAAUGUGGAACAUUUCUCAGGGAUGCAUAACUGGUACGCCUGCUCCCACGCCCGGCCCACCUUCUGUAACGUGUGCAGAGAGAGCCUCUCUGGAGUUACCUCCCACGGCCUGUCCUGCGAAGUGUGUAAGUUCAAGGCUCACAAAAGAUGUGCAGUGAGGGCAACAAAUAACUGCAAAUGGACCACGCUGGCCUCCAUCGGGAAGGACAUCAUAGAGGACGAGGAUGGGGUUGCCAUGCCUCAUCAGUGGCUCGAAGGCAACUUGCCCGUCAGUGCCAAGUGUGCAGUUUGUGACAAAACAUGUGGCAGCGUUCUCCGCCUGCAAGAUUGGAAAUGCCUCUGGUGUAAAACCAUGGUACACACCGCCUGCAAAGACUUGUACCAUCCCGUCUGUCCUCUAGGCCAGUGUAAAGUGUCCAUCAUACCCCCGAUCGCACUGAAUAGCACAGAUUCUGACGGUUUCUGUAGAGCGACCUUUUCAUUCUGUGUCAGUCCUCUCUUGGUGUUCGUCAAUUCUAAGAGUGGAGAUAAUCAGGGAGUAAAGUUCCUUCGUCGCUUUAAACAGUUGCUCAACCCGGCUCAGGUGUUCGAUUUAAUGAACGGAGGGCCUCACUUAGGCUUAAGAUUAUUUCAGAAGUUUGACACCUUCCGGAUCCUUGUCUGUGGGGGCGAUGGAAGUGUAGGCUGGGUUUUAUCAGAGAUUGACAAGCUGAACUUGAAUAAACAGUGCCAGGUCGGGGUGUUGCCGCUGGGGACAGGCAAUGACCUUGCUCGAGUCCUUGGCUGGGGAGGCUCGUACGAUGACGACACGCAACUUCCUCAGAUUCUAGAGAAGCUGGAACGAGCCAGUACCAAAAUGCUGGACAGGUGGAGUAUCAUGACCUAUGAACUCAAAUUGCCAGCAAAGGCGUCUCUACUUCCUGAACCAGCGGAAGCUUCUGAAGGAUUUUAUAUGACGAUUUACGAAGACUCUGUUGCGAAUCACCUCACGAAAAUCCUCAAUUCUGAUGAACGUGCAGUAGUCAUAUCAUCUGCCAAGAUACUCUGUGAAACCGUGAAAGACUUCGUUUCCAAAGUGGAGAAGGCAUACGACAAAACACUGGAAAAUACAGUAGUAGCCGACGCUGUGGCCAGUAAAUGCUCAGUCCUGAAUGAGAAGCUUGAACAGCUGCUCCAAGCCCUGCACACAGACUCCCAGGCCAGUCGGGUUCCCCCCGGGGUCGGCCCUGCGAUCCCCGAAGAAGAUGCCCUGGAGUCCUCCAGUGAAGAGUCCCUGGGUGAGAGCAAGGACCAGCUCGUGAAUGACAUCGCGAAACCCUCCUCCCAGAAAGCCAUGAGACCCCGCGAAAUCAUGCUGCGCGCGAACAGUUUAAAGAAAGCAGUGAGGCAAGUCAUUGAAGAGGCUGGAAAAGUUAUGGAUGAGCAGACAGUUCAGCCCUGUGAGCCAAUUAGUCAACCUUGUGACUGUGAUAGCCCAGAAAGAGAUGAAUCUAAAGACGAUGAGACGAAAGAGGCGUUAGCAGCCAAAAUCACCUCUCAGUCUCCUGAUGCCCAAGCAAGUCGUGGUCAUUCCCAAACUGAUUCUGUUGCUGGUCCAGUUGUGGCCACCACCAAAGAAAAUCUGCCUGUGCUCAACACUAGAAUCAUCUGCCCAGGUUUAAGGGCCGGACUCGCCGCCUCCAUUGCUGGGAGUUCCAUCAUCAACAAAAUGUUGCUGGCAAACAUCGAUCCUUUCGGAGCAACGCCGUUUAUUGACCCAGAUCUGGAUUCCCUAGAUGGCUACUCGGAGAAAUGUGUCAUGAACAAUUACUUUGGGAUUGGAUUAGAUGCAAAAAUUUCAUUAGAAUUUAAUAAUAAGAGAGAGGAGCACCCUGAAAAAUGCAGAAGCCGAACUAAAAACUUGAUGUGGUAUGGAGUUCUGGGGACCCGGGAGUUAUUACAGAGAUCAUACAAGAAUCUUGAGCAAAGGGUUCAACUUGAGUGUGAUGGCCAAUACAUUCCUCUCCCCAGCUUGCAAGGCAUAGCGGUGUUGAACAUCCCCAGCUAUGCAGGAGGCACCAACUUCUGGGGCGGAACCAAAGAGGACGAUAUAUUUGCCGCGCCCUCGUUUGAUGACAAGAUCCUGGAAGUCGUGGCCGUGUUUGACAGCGUGCAGAUGGCAGUAUCGAGGGUCAUUAAGUUGCAGCAUCAUCGGAUAGCACAGUGCCGCACGGUCAAAAUCACUAUAUUUGGUGACGAGGGCGUCCCAGUGCAGGUGGAUGGUGAAGCGUGGGUUCAGCCUCCCGGGAUCAUCAAAAUAGUACACAAAAACAGAGCUCAGAUGCUAACGAGAGACAGAGCCUUUGAAAGCACUCUGAAGUCUUGGGAAGACAAGCAGAAGUGUGACCCCAGUAAGCCGGUUGUUCGGACAAACGUGUACGUCCAUCCCGCAGCCGACCUGGCAACAGAAGAGCUGUCACAGAUGCGCCUCUGCUCCCAGGCCGCGGAGGAGCUCAUCACUAGGAUUUGCGAUGCAGCCACGAUUCACUGUCUCCUGGAGCAGGAACUAGCUCACGCGGUGAACGCGUGCUCGCAUGCUCUGAACAAAGCCAACCCGCGCUUCCCGGAGAGUCUUACGAGAGAUACUGCCACUGAAAUAGCCAUCAACGUUAAGGCGCUAUAUAAUGAAACAGAGUCUUUGCUAGUUGGCAGGGUCCCUUUGCAGUUGGAGUCUCCCCACGAAGAGCGGGUGUCCAGUGCCUUACACUCCGUGGAGGUGGAGCUGCAGAAGUUAACCGAGAUCCCCUGGCUUUAUUACAUCCUCCGCCCCAACGAGGACGAGGAGCCUCCUAUGGAUUGCACCAAAAGAAACAGCAAAAGCACAGUCUUUCGUAUAGUGCCAAAGUUUAAAAAGGAAAAGGCCCAGAAACAGAAAAUGAGUUCACAGCCUGUUCAGAAUUGGGGCACAGAGGAAGUUGCUGCUUGGCUGGAUCUGCUCAAUUUGGGAGAGUACAAAGACAUCUUCAUCCGUCAUGACAUCAGAGGGGCUGAACUUUUGCAUCUGGAAAGACGGGAUCUGAAGGACCUGGGGAUACCGAAAGUGGGUCAUAUGAAGCGAAUUCUCCAGGGAAUUAAAGAGCUUGAAAGGAACCCUCCCCACUGGGUCUGAGGCGUGGUCACACUGGUGCUAUUUCUGGGAAGAGAGGUCCUUGCCGCUCAGUGCAGAGCUCUUGGAAGCUGCUGGCUGUUCCUGUGACUGUAUAGAGAAGCAUCUCUGGAGCACCUCUCUGGAUCCAUGUUUUGCUGUGGGUGAAAGUUCUGUGAGGUAGUAGAUUUUGUGCCAAAAGAAAAAAGAAAUCAUUCCACAAAGCCAUUUUCUCAUUGUGCAAACCUGACAUGCUAGAAAAUUCUCAGAGCGGUGAAGAAGGAUCAGAAACGAUUGCUUUGUCUAAAAAGGUGGAAUUGCUUGCCCCUCAUUCUCCUUGGAUCUGGGCUGGCUGGAGAUCCUUAGGUUGACCUCCACAGUGAGCAGCUGGAAUUUCUCAGGCUUCAUUAGCAAAGGCAUUGGCUCCUUCUAAGUAGGAGAUAAGAGAUAGGGAUUGUGUUUUGAGUUUUUCACCCUAAGAUCCAGUAUCUACUGGUCCAAGAAUAAGGUGAAACCAACCCAUCACAUACUAUGAAUGAUGCAGGUUGAAUGCACGAUGCUCCUGCCUGACUUGUCUUUCUUUUUCUUGCAUGUCAUAUAUUGUUAUAAUAUUCCAAUAGCUUUAAUGUCUAUUAUAGUGAAAUUUAAUUUAUUACCACCCAGCUACCCAAGCACUUUUUGGUUGGUUCAGGGCACUUUUUCUUCGGUAUGGACAUUUGAGUAAAUUAUUCUAUACCUAAGACUCUGUGAACGUUCGUCUGUGCCAUGAUCAACAGAUGAUAUGCAUCUUAUGCAAACCAAAUUAUUCGCCUAUCCCAAACCAUGGGUGUGUGCAUAAAGAGAAUUAUUGGGCAUUUUCGUAAGCUUACAUGUUCUGUUGCCUAACAAAACCUAUUGCAACUUUCCAAACCCAAAUCUCACAUUUGUCCCCAUUUAUUUUUUUCAAAUUUUAGUUUAAUAACCAUUUUAAGUUCUGCUUGAGUUUGUAAGACUGUGGACAUGUCGGAAUUUUGCAAGGUCUCAGUUGAGACUUGUUCACUGAGGUACCUGGACUAGCUGAAGUGAUCAUUUACAGGAACUCCCCGAUGGAAGAAAUUUCAUUUUAUUUCUUAAGGGCUUUUUGUAUUAUUAUCUCACAUACAUUUUGAUAGUUUAUCAGGUAGAUAUUAUUUUCCUUUUUCUAAAUCAUUAUAUGGCAGUGUUGCUCAAUAGAAUUAUCAGGUAUUUGAGGGCCAAAGGUAUACAUGUCAAAACAGUAAAAAUUAUCUUUCUAUGUGUUUUCUGGUCACCGUAUACCAAAAAUCAAUUGUACUAUUUGGAAGUUCUAUAGGUAAGAGAAGCAAGCAGGUUGCUGACCCCAUGGAAAUGGCUUUGAUCAGGUAAUCUGCUAGCUGCUCAGAUUCAUGUGCACAUAUGUGCCAUAUACCUUUACCUGCAUGUAUACGCCUACUGACAUAUUGUCUUGAGAUAUAGUAUCCCUUCUUUCUAACUUGGGUAUUUACUAGUUAAAAAUUUAAAAAAAAAAAAAAAAAAGGAAAGAACAAAAUUUAGAUACCUUAAAAAUAAAUGAAGGCCAGGUCUGAAUUUCAGUUUCAGAGUUUUUGCCUAGGAAAGUCGGGGCCUUGGCUCUACCAUAGCAGGGCAAAUCCAGAGGAACCAACAGACAAACCCUGACCAUAUAUGUAAGUCUGUCUAUAUGUUUUACCUAAGUUGUGCACGAUGGAACUUUCCAAAGAUAAUUCCUAUUAAGGCUUUUGAGCUGAUAAUAAGCCAGUCACUUAGCGAUUUUAAUGUUGAGCUUCACACCUCUAAAGUUCCUUUUAUAUACCCCCUGGUGAGUACCUUGCCAACAUUUCCUGUGAAACCAGGUUGAGAAAGGGGUGGGGAGGAGACUCCUUGUAUAAAGAGUGUAUUAAUAUAAAAAUCAUUAUUGGGUUUUCACCUCCCAAAUACAUGUAUCAACAAGAAAAGACUCCCUAAUGGCUGCUGCCCUAGGGUGUGCAAUGAUUGGCUUGUUGUUGUUGCUGUUUGACAUCUUUUUCAGUUCCCGCUAACACCUUUUUGUAUUCUGUAAAAAUCCAGACCCAUGGAAACCUUAAUUAAGUAGAAUGGCUUUGGGGUUGUCACUUGGAGAUGACAAUUUGGAUGAGCGGUUUUGGGGUGUGUGAGCAUUUUUCUCUGUAAUCUGUGCCUUCGUGAAUCUGGGCUGGACUCCAGGGAGUUCUGGCUCCUGUGUGCCACCAGGGUACUCUCGCAGUCUCCUUCAGCCUCUGCUGGUGUCGCAGAGAAACUGUCUUAUCCUGCUUGGGGCUUCGAAAUGAGGAAAGUAGGCCUUGCCUCUCACUGGGUUCCAUUCACAUCUGGAGAGUGAGUGGCCUCACGUGUGCACUGACUGCAGCUUGCUCUUCUCUCUUCCGGAUUAUUUCAUGUUCACUUCUUCCCUUUCCUGGAAGAAGAGGAACAGAGUCAGGUUUAAGUAAAACUCCAGGCUUCCAGGCGACUGGCCGUUUCUCACUCAUGUCUGCUCAAAUUCUCAAUGUUUUCUGUUCUCCUUUCUCCAUCAGUUACUCCAUGGCAAAAUGUUUAGGGGAACCAGAUUUUCAGCUUGCUAGAUAACUGAAGCAAAUUAAUGGUUUAGGUCAUGUGGAGACAUACUGCUGUGGUUGAGAAGAGACAAACAGUGGGUGUCCAGAUCUGUCCUGUCUGCUAUUUUAACCACUGAACACCCGUGACUAUUAAAUUAAGCUUAUUCUUACUAGAAACCCCAUUUAUCAGUUGCACUACCUACCUUUUGAGUUGCCCUGUAACCACAGAUGAAGAACCAUUGAAGAACCAUUUCCACCAUUGCAGAGACGUUUCAUUUGACUGCUCCUCAAAAUGUGGUUCAAGGGCCAUCAGUUUUAAUGCUGUCUGGGAGCUUACAAAAAUGCAGAAUCUGGGAAUGGACAAGAUGGUUCAGCAGGGUCUGACACCAGGUUUGAUACCAGAUGUCAUCUAAAAGGGGAAGGAGAAACACUUAUAGACUUGUCUUCUGACCCCCAUAUAUCCACCAUGGUGUGCUCACCCACCUAUGGCCUGUUACGUACACACACAUAAUAAAUAGGUAAAAAAUUUAAAUGCAGAACCUCAGGUCCACUCCAGGUCUGCUGAAUCCAACUCUUCCUUUUAGUCAGAUUCCUCGGAUCUCCUCAUCCCUUGGGGACUUUGAAGUUUCCAUGGACCCACACUUGGCUCACUUUGAUCUUCCUGUGGUAUCUUCAGUUACUCUUGACUUAAUUCACACUGAACAUUUCAGAAGAAUGUGUCCUGAGCUAAAGAUUAGGCAGUCUCCAUCCCCUUGCACAUUUUCAUUUUCUUGGGUCAGUAGAUUAUCCCAUCGACAUAGUUCAUGCUUGAAGGCACACACAUUAAAUGAAUCAUUAGAUAUACAAAAGGAAAAAAAAAAACAUCAGAAUGAUUACAAGAACAGUGAAUGUGUCAUUUGAACUCUGAAAGCAGACAUGUUUUUCUAGAUUUAAAUCUCUUUGUCUUACACUAACUUAUAUUAGUUUUCACAUGGUUCAUAAUCCCUUAAAAAUAGUUCCUGAAAAAAACAGUAUGUUCUUGGCCUUCAAAUUCAAAUUCAUUCUUUGAGAUCUUUUUCCAGUGAUUUGUGAGGAAUCUGCCCCUUAAUUAUUUUUAUAUUUUGAUAUAAAUUACCCAAACAUAACUUCCUAACUUCUCUGAUAUGUAAGAUCUUACUACUUUUGACUUCAUGGGUUAUUUUGACAUCAAAUGACAAGCUAUGAAAUGAAAAACCGUAGGCGAGCCCUCCAUACACCACUGCUAAAGUAAAUCAUUUCCACCUGCAACCAAACUAGAGCACAUAGUGAACUUCCAUUUUCCAAGGAUAAAUUCUUUAGGGAUAUCAAUUUUAAUUUAGCUGUAGAAAUCAAUUCCCUUUUCAACUCUGACAAGUGGAGUAUUUUCUUGGCUCUCAAUGGACACAUUCUCUGUCUGAAGUUGAUUAGAUAUUCUGGCUAGUGGGACUGCUUUGCUAGUGGGACUGCUUUGCUAGUGGGACUGCUUUGCUAGUGGACCAGCUGUCUAGUGGAACUGCUUUGUUGGUGGAAAAGCUGGCUGGUGGGACUGCUUUGGUGGUGGAACUGCCGUCUAGAGGGACUGCUUUGCCAGUGGCUUCCACAACGUGGAUGCUUGGUCUCCUCUUUUCACUGCCCCACCCCAAGGGUAGCCAGCCCUUCCUCUCCCUUGUUUCUGCUGUAGCAUCCCUCAGUUGACUUUUGUGUCACAAUCUCUGUCAUCCUGGUACUAAUACCUUAGCAAUAGGAUUCCUUUGCAAAGAAGCAGCUAGAACUUUUAGAGGGUGGUAAUUGUUUGUUAUUUUAUAGUAAGCAAAGCAUUAUUUUUUUAUUAUUAUUUUCCCAGGUUUUGUUUAGAGAUGUUUAUGUUGGAAGAAAAUAUAUAAAGAUUUGUUGAUACAGAGAACAGAGAGUUAAAGACAGCUGGACUGUAACUACUUUUUGUAUAGUUCUCUCUGUUGUUUCCAGGUAAAGAAAUUAAACAGAAUAACCAAGACUGCAUUAACUAAUAAUAAUGCUUAACAUAGACUCCACAUUAUAUAUUAUAGGUGAACAACUUACUUUAAUUUAAGAUAUAUUUACAUGAUUUAAUAUACUCGUAAUUUCUUGGACUUCCAAGUUUUAGUUGGAAAAUAAAAAACAAGCCACAGCUUAAAAUUAUUUUAAAAUCCAGGUAAAAACACUCCCUUUUACAAGUUACCCAUGUAUAAGGCUUUGUAAGUAGCCUGGGCACUUCAUAGUAUGUACAUUGCAAGAGUAAGUUCAUCAAGCCCAUCCGAACACAGGGUUGCUUAUAAAAAUGCAUUAAAAUGAAGACCUUUCACACUCAGCGGAUGCUAUGGAAGUAGGACAGUGCGGUUAAACGCAUAAGCAAACAAGGAAGGAGAGUGUGCUCUGUGAACCUGGAUGUUCUACUGCACUGUAGUCCACACAGCCAGCUUAACCCUUUCUACGUCUAGCUUUCGGAAUACACAGGCAGCUGAAGGCUGCUCACAGUGCUGAUAGCCGGUAGCUAGUUCUGGGAAAAGUUCGGGUAUUUCUAAAACCCAGUUUUGUAAGUUAUAUACUGUAUACUGAAGAUGACUAAUACAUUGGAGUAAUAUAUUUAUCUAGCGCUGAUAAAUAUAAAAAUUAUUUUCAAACCUUCAAGUAAAUUACAUUGACUUUUUGCUUUUAAGUGAGAUAAAAGUCACGUGUAUGUUUAAAUCUCUAUUUGUACAGUAGCUUUCUCCUUUUACUGGUGUUAUUAAUUUUCGUAUUACAUUUUUUCUUACCUUUUUUAUACCAAAAGAAGUAUCAUGCUGGUUAUUCAAACUUGCCAAGAUUUGAGUUUGCAAGACUUGGCAGACAAGAUAUUUAAUAACAAGCAGAAACAAAGCUUUGUAUAUUUUGUGGCUUUCGGGGCAAGAAUUGUACCUUUGAUUUUUCUCUCUGUGGGACAGUGCUGACGUCAGCAUUGUCCCUUGAAGGCAGUAUUACUUAGGACCGGUUGUAUAAAUCAGUGCCCUUAUUUAUUAUGUUGUGAAAUGUACUCUUUAUACAGAAUACAUAUUCUACUCCUUUCAUUUUUACUGCUGUUGCCUGAAGUGUAACAACUCUGUUAAUAGUUGACUUAUAUACUUGAAAUGCUCAUUUCUGUCAAACAGAUGCCCGGUGUUUUCCUUCUAAAAACAAAAACAAACAAACAAAAAACAAAACUAUUUUCUUUCCUGUCUUAGGUAACUGAGUUGUAGUUACCAUCAUAGGAACUUUGCUACAAAAUGAUUUUUAUAUCUAAAAAGGCACAAUACAGAAAGAAAGCACUAAAAUGAAUAAUGAAGUCAGCAGCUCCAUUAUGCUCUGUUUUAACCAAUAUAGGUUAUGUUUUCAAUAUGUAACUUUUUUCUUGUGGUAGAUUUUUUUUUUUCCCGGUAGGGACAUGUCUGUGUUUGCACUGGCCAAUGUGGCAUUCUGAUAAGCGUUGAAUCUUGACUCCUCCCAAAGAUUUCAUACCUCUAAUGUUUAGCCCUUGGUUCCAAAGUCUGUGUUUGAAACCUGUUUCCUGGCUUUGUGCUGUCCUGCAAAUGGAACCCAUGGUGGGUAACUGCUUAUUUCUAUCAAGUAACCAGAAAGUUUAACUAAUUUCAGUACUUCUAUUUGGAUGUAUUUUUGACUCAAGUUUAAAAACUUAAACAUUUAAAAUGUAGUUUGCACAACAUAUCAUGCAGAAUAAAAUCGCUUAUUUUCAAAAGGAAGGAAAAGCCAGUGAAUGCUGUAAAGCAAUCGCUUUAAUCCCUAACUCUGACUGUUUCUCCUCUGUUUUAUGAAGUAAACAGCAGGUGAAUUGUGAGCCAUUUAAACCCACUAGGAGAUUAAGAAGUAAUUUGAUUUUAAUGGCAGAGCUUUACAUUUCACUAUCAUGGAUGCAUUUAUUGAGGAUAGAAAAAAAAUGAGGAUAUGUUAGAAACCUAGAUGUUGUAGGAACCUGAGGCAGUUUGGCAAGGCCCAGGGACAGAGAGUCUGAACACACAUCUUUCGCUUUGUGUCACAGAGGGGCAGAGCACAUGUGAAAUCUCUUACAUGGUGGGCACCGCGCCCAGGAAGCGCUCCUCUGCUCAGGUCUGAAGUCCUGCCUAGAAGCUAGCUAAUUAACUCUCCAGGGAGCCGGUCUUACUGCAGGCAUUUACAGGUCAGUUAAGGAGGCCGAGUGCGGUGAGCUAACCCCUGAGAUAUUUAGAACUGCUCCUGCACAAGUUCAUCCACCAGACAGAGGUGUCUGUACCUUCUCAACUGCACAACAGGCAUGGGCUCGUCAACAGGGCUUGGUUGGUUCCUCUAAAGGACACGAUAAAGGUGAGUCCAUCCAUCCGAUGAACACCCAAGACACUUUCCAUGAAUUAGCUGAGCCUUGAAAUGUGUUAGCUGGGAUACAUUUCCCCUUAUUCGAGAAAAUACUUGUCUUUCCAUUCACAGUAUUUACAUAGAAUUGACCUCUUGGCUCUGAAGAGGCUUCUUCGGUUCCACCUUGUCACUGGCUCAUUGUGUCUUUUGUACAACUAAUAUAUUUUGGUGCCUUGGGUUCCCAGUUCAAAAAUUUGCCUGACACUGCCAGUUACAAGUAAUCAAUCAUUUUUUUACUAUAGGAAAGGACAGAUAUCCCUGUGAAUCCUACCUAUUUACCAUUUUUUUUUUUUUUUUUGCCAGUGACAUUUUAGAUAUAAAGAGAGGCAUCCCAGUUAUAACAUGAAAAAGAAAUAUCUAAUCUGGUAACCGUUGUUAGAAAUAAAAGCAUAGGACAAGUGGCUAGCGUACUUGUGCUGCAAGUGUGAAGCCCUGGAUCAAUCCCAACAUUGUAAGGAAAAAAAAAAAAAAAAAGAAAGUGAAGUUAAAUGAGUAACACCUGCCCAGACAGGCCAUGGGUCUUGUAAUCAGUGUGUUACUCAUUUCAGCUAGGAAAGAACUCCUGAAAUCUUCAAACGGUUAAGGCAGUCUCCAGUUUUCCGUGUUCACAUUAAGUGGCUAUUUUAUUGAGAUGAAUAUAGUCUUCAGCCAAGGCCCUCACUUUCCUUAGAGUAAUUGUCCCAAGAGACGCCAUAGCUGCUUAGAAGUAGAGCAACAGGAUUCCUUGUCCACUUUCCCCUGUGAUGUGACCUUUUUGAUAUUUAAGAAACGUCCAAAAAAAAAAAAGUCAUCUCUGAUCUAGAGCAUGGCUUCCUCCCUCCAUUCUCAGGCUUGGAAUAGUAUUCCGUUGUACAGCGCACCUCCAAAACACCCCACAGAGAAACAAGCAGAUGUUGUCCUGAUUAUUGCCACAGUGGAAAUCCAGGACUGCUGGAGGGAAGUUUGUUAGAAACCAGGCUGUAGCAGCAGUUAAAGAAGUGGGAGCUUAUUUUCACGUGACACUUUGAUCUAGCCACUGUCGGGCUCUUCCUUUGAUUUUAGUCAAUCAGCGAAGAAGAAGCCGUGCCAUCUGAUUGUGCUCUGAAGGGUUCUUGGUCAAAUCUGGCAGUUACUGUACCAUAGCUUAGUAACUCAGAGCUCUUGUGGCAUUCCUCUCCCAGGACUGGAAUUCCAAGAAGGUAAACACCAUAUGACACAGGGAAAAAGACUAAGUUGGAAUUCAUCUGCAUUGGGUUUUGUUUGUUUUGAGUUUAUUUGAAUUUUUGAGAUACGGUCUUAACACGUGGUUCUAUUCCAGGCUGGCCUCAAACUCACUAUGUAGCUCAAGAUAGCCUCAACUUGUAAUCCUUUACCACAGCCUCCCUAUAGCAUGUUUUUGUUAUUUGUCUUAGCAUAAUAAUGACAACUUAGCUUUCAGGAUGACAGAGCUCAACAUGAUUAUUGUAGAAUGAUUUAACUGGGAGAAAUGAUUUUGCUGGGGAUCUGUUUCCACAGUGACCUGUCAUAGAGAGGACCCUAAUAUAGCUAUAAUUUCAGCACUUGUCCUGUUACAGACGUCAGCUGGCUGGCACCGGUGUUUGGUGUGCAAAUGAGAAAAGCCCCGGUACCCAUAGUUCUUUUGUUCCUUCAACUUUUACUUGAAAAGCCUGCAGAAAGAUAACACAGUGUUUAUGACAUUAUGUAAAUUAUGUUUUUCUGAUGAGAAAUUUAUAAUCUAAAAUAUGGAACAAAACAAAUGCUUCAUGCUAAUGGAGGUUUUGGAUUAUUUUAAAGGGUUUUUUUUGUUUUGUUUUGUUUUUAUGCAGCUGUGUAUUCCUUUUUUUUUUUACCAUCUCAAAAGUUCAAAUGGCAUCUUGAGUUCUGUGUCUUCUUGUCUGUGGUAAAGGAAUUUCACUGCCUUGGUUAAGUCUUUACCAUUUUUCUUUCCUGUGCUUUUGCUAAUUCUUCAGCAACUCAGUUUUCUACUUCUGUUCUCUCUUCCCAGAGUACAGAGAUGCAAAUUUCCUCUGUCUUCUCUUUGCUGAAAGUCACUGAGUAGGCAGGCUCUCCUGCUCCUUAGGAACAUAUGGAUGAGAGUCUGUAGGACUUUGCCCAAAGAAUGGUUAACUGAGCACCAUGCAGGGGAGCAAAGGGCCAAUCAGUGACUCCAGUACCACCUGCCCUGCCACCCUGUAGGCAUCCUCUGUCUUUCUAACCUUUCUAACACAGGAAUGUAGAACAGCUGUGGGGGGGUGGGGGGUUAGUACCUUGGCAUAAUGACAUGCCACAGGUCAGCUCAUCCAAGAAACAGUGCAAAUUCAAUAUUCUGUGCACAGUUGAAUAGCCUCCAGCUUGGAAUGCUUUUGCUUCAGCCUUCCUACAACAUGCUUUUGUUGAUUGUUCUUGUUGGUGUUUAAUCUGUCUCAGUGAUAAGAACCUUCAGGCUAAUAUUUUAUCCAUACUUCAUGUAUAUCCCAAGUUUUUCUGUUAAUAUCAUAAUCAGUUACACACACAUCCCUCACUGAAUUUCUCUAUUUUUGUAGACCCAGAGUCUAGCUAGCACAUAAUAGGAGUUUGACAAAUGUUUUUGAAUUAUAUUUUUAUACUGUCACAACUAAAAGCUCAGAACACCUUGAAAGUCUUGUGUUUGCAAGGACGCAUGACCCCUGUGCAGACAAGCAGAGCAUCAAUAGACAAAAGCAAUUGUCUUGUCAAGGAUCAUCACUUGAUAAUCUCAUUUCUUUACAUCAGAAAAAAAAAAAUCGCCAGAUCUGAAUUCUUGUUUCUGGAAGUGAGACAUAAAUUUCAACAUCACUGCUAAAAUCUUGCUUGUAAGUCAUACAGUUGCCCUACAGAUUGACUUUCUGUUCUACACACUCAUUACUUACAGUCCUCCUAGACAAAUAUAUAUAUAUUGAUUAUGAGAGUUGGAAAGGAAUAAAAAACAAUAACAAAGGUGAAAUUCUUAAAUAGUAUUUACCCAAGAAGACACAUAAAAUUUGUGUGAGUUUGGACCACUUUUUGUUAAUGACUAUUAUAUCACAAACAUAGAAAGAUCUGUGACUGUCAUCACCCUUACCAAACAUAAAAAUUUGCUGUUACCUGUGGGCCUGCUUUCCUUUAUUAGUCUCUUAAGCCAUGCUACCAUGUCCCCGAAUAAUGAUAAAAGUUAACACAGCGCUCUUUAAAUUUCUUGAAUGGAGGGCUGUCUGCUAGGCACUUGGAGAGCUCUCCCUACCUGCUGUAACCUUGCCAGUCACUUAGAUGCUGAGGAUACAUACAGGUAAGAUAAGCAGGACUCUUGUCUGAUAGAGUUUAAAUUUGUUCUCAAAUUGCUCUUGCUAAAGUCUUGUUUAAGAAAUUAGGAAGGCUUUCAAACAAGCAAACAAAAGCAGUUUCUUCUCUAAGGUUAUUUCAGUCAAGUCUCCUUCCACCCCACCACCCUCCGAAACUAGCCAAAUCUGAGUAAUCAAGAAGCAGUCUCAUCUCUAUUUCCACAACUGUUGCAUUGUCGUGUCAGCCGUAGUUCGGGCCUUUGCUGAUCAAGAGUGUGCCUCCUUAAUCCUGUAUUAUGCUACUUCCACUCCUAGAGGGCUGUGCUUGAACUCAAGCGUCUGCUUCACAGAACAGACGUAAAUCUCAGGUUUAUUUGGGGAAGGCAGAAAUUCAUGACAUUUGUAGCAGAGUAUAUGAGGUGACAUUGUAGACCCACGGGAGAGGAUGGAGGUCAUGCAGCGAUGCCUUCUAGCAGAUCGGGAGCUCUGUUUGAAGCUGUGGGUUCGUGUUGGCACCUUAGACCUCCUUAGUGGAGAGUAGGAAGUAAUGACAUUAAACAGUCGCAUACUUAGCCCAGCAUAUAGUAAUAGACUAGUAUUUGUAUGCCACAAGGUUCUGAUCUGUAGAUGAAACAGCAAACAUGAGUUAGGAUACUGACUUCUGAAUAUUUACUGAUGGAUAGGCUAUAGGUUUCCUUUGGGAGAAUGAAGAAAUAAACUGUCUUUAUUUUUACUGUCAGUAACGCGGGGAGUGGGGAGGGCUUUGCAGAUUUGUAUUUCACAUUUCAAUAAGUAUAUCUUGAAAUCACUGUUUCCCAACAUAUAAAUUGCCAACCAUUUCUGUGUCCCUUAGCAAAAGAAAGGUCUCAACUUGAAAACUUUUAUGCUUAGUUCAACUUUGUAGAAGGUCCACAAAAGAAGGGGGCAAGGAAGGCUUGGCCCUAUAGCUUUCUAUCCAGCACAUGCACAUCUCAGUAAUGAUAAUCAGAACUGAUUUUCCUCCUGAUAUCACCAUGGUUAAAACCUAAUAGUGUAGUUCCUUCUCCUCCUUAUAUUGCAAAAAGAUAGUUUUAAUUCAGUCUUGCCAUAUUUAUAGCUAAGAUUGUACUACAUUUUGGUAGUCUGUUUUGAAACUAAAUACUUGUAUCUAAAAGAUGCAGACAAAGUCUGCCUAUUUAUUACACAGCGGGCUCUGUUUGCUACAGAAAAGAGUGAAACUUUUACCAGCUUAGCACACUUGCCAUUGAAAUGUACCUGACAGAGCAGAGGUUACAACUUUGGCUCUAAUUACUUUUAAUAAUGAUAAAACGUGAGUUUUGUUUGUUUACAUGCUGUUUACAAUGGCAUAAUUUUUAAAAUCUAUAUGACAAUUGAGAUAUUUAUUGCAUACUAUUUUAAAGAUGUUUUAAUGUGUUUUCACCUUUGGAAUAUAUUGUUACAUUUCCUUGUACAGAUAAUUUGGGUGGCUUUGUUAAUGUAGCUAAUAAUUUUUAUGACUACUAAGUGACCAGUUUCGGUGCCUUCUAUUGUGGGGUGCAUGACUCUGUAUUUAUUGUAAGGAAGUCACUGAUGUGUGUAUUUUUGUACUUUGCUGAGAGUAAUGGUUGGUGUACAUGAUGAUGAGAGACGUCUUUCCCAAAGGGCACUGCCUUCAGAUUGACCUUCUCAAAUAAAAAAGACUGCAUUUGAA